AUGGACAGCAGCAACUCCCGCCUCCAUCAGGGGUCGCUAGACUUUUCCUACCUCGAGUCCUUUGGCGACGCUCUCUCGCUUGAUGGUAAUUCGCAGAUUGCUGACGUCGACAUGGAUGACUGGAAGCUCUUCGGCGUACAAAGCCCCCAGUGCGUCAGCCAUGACCAACAGGCCGGCCUGGGCACCGCCCUCCGCACGUCACACGAUGACCUCUGCGCACAUCCUCCCAAGUGCCCUACGGGUGGCCACUACAGCAGCAACAGUAGCAAUCAUCACGGCCUCUACCACGGAGGCAACUCGGCCUCAGCAGCGCACAUGCUCUUCCAUACUCGUCACUUUGAUCCAAGUGUCGUGUCCAGUGGCCACAGCGGACAAAACCAGCGCGGCAUGCAGGGCAUUCCUACGACUGUAGGCGGCACCCAGGGUAGUGCGCUCAACCUAAUGGACUUUACUACGGGCGGCUCUUUCUUCAUUCCUUCCUCAGUUGGUCCCACGGCCCCUGACUUGAAUUCACCCACAUAUGCCAACGACUUUGCCGAGCAACUAUCUGUGCUAUCUUCACCACCUACUCAGCACUCUAUGCACUCUGGUGCCGCUGACGACGGUGCCGACGAUGAUGAAGGCUCGACCUGCGGCAGUGACUGCGACGCUGACAACAUUUGCCGCGACACGGCCUGUGCUAUCAACCCCUCGGGUUGCUGCGAGGACGAGGACUGCCAAGGACAAUCCGACACUGUUUCAGUCAUUGCUGCUCUGUCACCAGAAGAUGCCGAUGCUGCGGCUGCACUCACAUCCUUUAUAGAGCAGCAGCAGCAGGGGCAAAUCGGCCAACAACAAGAACAACAACAGCAGCAGCAGCAGCAGCAACAACAACAACAACAACAAAUGCCAGUAGUAGAUAGCCACCAUGGCCAUCAACACUCUGGAACAUCCGUGUCUGAGCCUUCUUGUCUGCAGUUCGGCCUUGGUCAAGACAUAACAUGCAUUAGCCCGCAGUUCUUGAUAAACUACCAGCACUUACGCGACUCACACAACCCCCUCAACCCAUCUGAAUGCACAGCUUCUGUUUGUCCUGUCGAAGACCCCAGCUUUUACCAGGAGUGCCACAUGCGUCACUUUACCGACAGUCAAGGCGGUCUCUUUGAUAACCUUGACUUGAACCAGAUCAUGAAUGAGAACGCCAACCAUGGCCAUGGCCAAGGACUCAGCCAUGUUCACUCGCACAACCACGUCGAUGCCGUGGAAUGUGGUGCCAAAUUCCCAAGUGGCGAGGCUAUGCUUCAGCAUUUAUGGAACGAGCACCGCAAGAGCCUAAACCUCCUUCAAUUCCCUGCCAUGCAACAGAACUUGCAGAUGGAUCAGACUCCAGACAUGGCCUCUUCUGCAUCGCCUUCUGCUUCCUUAGUCUCUCAAGAUCUGGCAAGAACACCUUCUUUGCCACAAUCCGGCCAGGACGUUGUUGGCGGCUUGACAUUGCCAGACUCUUCUCUUCCUCUCAGAACUUUUGGCUUUGACUCGCUGAACGAUGCAGCCAUACAGAAGCAUCUACAAGAUCCCGCGAUGACCUCUCCCCAGAUCACCAAGCAGAUGACUCAGCUGCCACUACCGGCUACCCCUGGCCUCAAGACUGAAAACAGUCAACAAAAGACUGCUGGCGGGGCUGUUGAUACCGGCCCUCAGAUGUUUGAGUGCGCCUGGUGUGACACUCUAGGUGGCCAGCCAUGUGGCCAGUCCUUUGAUUCUGCCUGUGAGCUUCACAAGCACGUCCUCGCAGCCCAUACACACUUGCUGAAGAGAGAUGUGGGGGGCACAUACUCAUGCGGAUGGCAAGGCUGCACACGCCGGGACAGUGAGGAGAAGGGUGGCUUUGCUCAGAAGAGCAAGAUAGACCGCCAUAUGCAGGUUCACACGGGCAACAAACCCUUUACAUGUGACAUUUGCCACCAGUCCUUCUCCGCCAACCAGGCCUUGCUUCAACACAAGCUGAUCCAUGAGGACAGCAAGCCGCUAUCGUGUGACAUCUGUGGCAAGACUUUCCGGCAACACAGUGCACUGACUAUGCACAUUCGCACACACACAAAGGUGCGACCACUCAAGUGCCCCUACUGCAACAAGGAGUUCAGCGAGUCGUCCAAUCUCUCCAAACACAAGCGCAUCCAUACUGGCGACGGCCAGUACGAGUGCAAGUUUCCUGGCUGCAAUCGGACGUUUCACCGAAAAGACCAGCUGCGCCGACACAGCGGCCAGCAUAGCAAGAGCACGUCGUCUUCUAUCGCCAAACCUGUAGCCAACAGCUCGCUCGUCGCUAAAACCGUCGCAGCUUGA